UCCUCUCUCUCUCUCCUCAAACUUCUUCUACAGAAGCAAGCUGCUAAGGGCACGUGUUUGCCUCACUUCCUCCAUUGUUCAACUAAAUUUCAUUUCUUGUGGAAAAGGGCCUUAAUGCUUUUCUGGUUCUGGGAUUCUUGUGGCUUUCUGAAGAGAAAUUUGUGUAAUCUGACUCUACUAUUCUGUUAUACAGGCUGUCGUUUUACUUUGUUUCUGGGUGAUAAUUGGCAUCAAUGGCAAAUUGAAUUGUGAAAAUGGGACAGAGAGUUUUGUUCUCUGUGUAGACAUUGGAAGAGAAAGAAAUAAUCUUUUUGAGAGAUUAUAAUGCCAGUUCCACUUGCCCCUUACCCUACGCCUCCAGCUCCAUAUACGCCUCCAGCUAAUGGAGCUACACAGCAGAGUCAGCUUGUGUGUUGUGGGUGUAGAAACCUUCUGCUCUAUCCAGUUGGAGCAACAUCUGUGUGCUGUGCAGUUUGCAAUGCAGUCACUGCAGUGCCACCUCCUGGUACAGAAAUGGCCCAGUUGGUUUGUGGAGCCUGCCACACCUUACUGAUGUACAUACGUGGGGCGACAAGCGUGCAAUGCUCUUGCUGUCACACCGUGAAUCUAGCUCUGGAAGCAAAUCAGGUGGCACAUGUCAAUUGUGGCAACUGUAGAAUGCUACUGAUGUACCAAUACGGAGCAAGAUCAGUUAAAUGUGCAGUCUGCAAUUUUGUAACAUCAGUUGGGGUCUCAGCAAGCACAAUUGAGCAGAAGUUCAGCAGCUAAAUCUUGACAAUAACAAAGUCAUAAGAGAAUCUACCGCUCUUAAUUAGUAAUGGGUGGAUAUCAGAAGGCACAUGAUUAUUUUCUUCUUCUUCUUCAUCAUGUAUAGAGUUAUUUUCCUGUCCAUCUUGUCAAAUAAUUUUGGUAACUUGGUGUAUGAAUAACUAUUUAUGAUAAGAUUCUUGAUUCUGUGUGCUUUGAAAA